AUGAAUGUUAUUAAAAUAUGUAAAGAAUUUAAAUUAAUAGAUUUAAUAUGUAAAGAAAUUUUAUUUUCAACAAAUAAUAACAGUAGUAAUAAUAAUAAUGAAAUUCCAUCAUCAUGGGACGUCAAAGAAAUGAUAAUCUCAUUAUUAAAUAUUAAUAAUAAAAAUAAUUCUAAUAAUUUUAUAAAUAUAGAAAAAACUAUAAAUAAUAGUGACAGUAAUAAUAAUAUUAUCUAUACUUUUAAAAUAGAAUUAUCAGAAUCAUCAUCAACACCCAAUUUGUUUGAAAAACUAAACAAUAAAAUUAUAAGUUUUUAUGGAAUAAAAAAUAAUUUUAAAUUUAUAGUUUUAGAUAAUCAAAUAAAUAAUAGUAAUAAUAAUAAUAAUAAAAAUAAUGAUAGUAAUAAUGUUUCAGAUACAUUAAUAAUAAAAAACUUACCAAAAUUAAUAUUUUUAAACUAUUCGGGUAGUGGCGGGUCCAAUGAUGAGAGUAGAAUAUUAAACUCAUUCAAAUCAAUUUGGAGCUAUUUCGGUCAAAUAAAAAAUUUAGAAAUUUUAAAAAAUGAUAUAAUUACAUUCGAUAUAAUAUUUCAAUUUAGCAAUAUUAAAGAUUCCUUAGAAUGCUUUAAUAAGAUAAAAAGUAAAAAAUUGGUUUAUGUUGAUGGCAGAAAAGAACAGGUUAUCAAUAAUUUAGAAAUAGAAUUUAACUUUAAUAACUAUUUAUCAAAUGAAAACAUUAGAAAAAGAAAAUUUAAUAAGGAACUAUUAGAGUUAAAAUUAAGAGAAAAAAAAGAAAAGGAAAGACAAGAGAAACUGAAGCAAGAAGAGCAGGAAAGAUUGGAAAAGGAAAAUAGAGAUAGAGAGUCUGAAAGAAUAGAGAAAGAAAAACAAGAGAAAGAGCUUCAACUACAAAUAGAACUCGACCAACUUAAAGCAGAGAUUGAAGAAGAGAAAAGGAGAAUCAAAAAAGAAAAAGAGGAAAAAAAAAAAUUGAAAUUAGAAAGAAAGAGAAAAAGAGGACAAGAAGAAGAAUUAGAAAAAGAGAAUCAAAGAUAUGAAAUGGAAUUAAAUCAACGACUAGAGGAUGAAUACAGACUAAAGCAGCAAAGGAGCCAACAAGAGGAGGAAAGACAACAACAGCACCACUAUCAGCAACAGGUAUUAUAUAAUAAAAGGCAGCAACAACAAUAUGAAUAUGAACAAAAAUUAUUAAACCAAAUAAGAAAGGAGGAAGAAAAAGAGGAAAUAGAUAGUAUUGAAUUUGAAAAAGAAGAGAGUCGAAUUAAUGAACAAAAAGAAAAGCAACUUCUUACCCCAGAGAAUAUUCAAUUUCAAAUAGAUAGGUUAAAUCAAUGGAUUGAUCACUUAAAUAGAAUUAUAGUUUUAAAAUCUAAAAAUGAAUCAGUUGCAAGUAGUGAGGAAUCAUCAUCUUCCUCAAUUCACUCCUAUAAAAUGAUAUGGCAGUUACCAUCAAGAAACAAUGAGAACAACUAUUACAAAUCAAUCGAGAAUAAAAUGAACCAAGAAAAUAUUUAUGUAAAAGGUAAAUCAAUAAUUCCAUCAACUUCAAAAAUAGGAAUAAAUGUUUUAUACAACAAUGAAGAGAGUGACAAGUGUAAAAACAAUGAAGAAAGAAUCCACGACAAAUUUGGAAAUAGUACUGAAAUAAAUUUAAAAAGCAAAGAGCUCGAGUUAAAAGAAAUGAUUUUAAAAAAACGUUUAUUAUUCUCUUAA